AUGUCCGACUCCGUUGCUCCCUCAUCGCCUCAGGCCCCUGGCUCCCUGCGCUCUAACAGACCUAUGAGCGAAGCUCUGCUCAAUGAGAAGUGGGACCACUGCCUGAGCACCAUGCUCAUCCGCUCUACUCUCGGUGCCUCGUUCGGUGUCAUCUUCUCCGUCCUCCUUUUCAAGCGUCGCGCAUGGCCUGCCUUUGUCGGUUUCGGUUUCGGCGCCGGUAGAGCCUGGGAGGAGUGCGACAACAGCUUCAAGCGCGCUGCUGCCCCCACCAGAGACGGUCUGAGAACCAUGAGACAAUAA